AGUUAGAAUCAAAUUCAUAAAUUAGUAUUUGAUUGGAAUAAAUACUAACUUCCAUUUUUUGUAAAAAUGUUAGCAAUGUUAACUGCCGAUUGGUUUCCCUUAGAUAAGGACGUGUAUUUUAGAAAAUUUGAAUUAUAUCCGUUAUCUUUCCAACAUGAAGUUUCAAAUAAUAAUAUAUUAGUAGCAGCUCCAUAUGGAGGUUCUAUUGCAGUCACCGAAAAUCCUAAGAAAUUGGUUAAAGUUCAAGGAGCGACUAAACCUAUGAUAUAUUUAUACACAUCUUCUGGAAAACUAACAGCAAAACUCCAAUGGUGUGGUGGUCAACUAAUCCUUUUGGGGUGGUCUCAACAAGAAGAAUUAUUAUGCAUAGAAGAUGAUGGCAUGGUUCAUAUAUAUGAUAUGUUUGGUACAUAUCAACACGCAUUUAGUAUGGGAAAUGAGGUAAAAGAUACUAAAAUUGUAGAAGCAAAACUUUUUAUUACUUAUAGUGGAACUGGUAUCGCAGUUUUAACAUCUACCAAUCGUAUAUUUCUGGUAAAUAAUAUAGUCGAACCAAAAGUUAGACAAAUAUCAGAAAUUUCAAAAUAUGGUGGACAAAUUGAAUGUUGGUGUUUAGUCCAUCUUAAUAGAGAAACAUGUGUAAUAUUAUCAAACAAAGAUGGAAUAUUCAUUAUACAUCAGUCUUACCAAACUGCAACUCAUAUACCAUUUGAUAACCUUUUUACUAGGUACAAUAAGGCAUGUAGUGUGAUUGCUAUGGUUGUAUCUGAAAACAAUCGUCAUAUUGCUCUUUAUAUAGAUACAGGUCAUUUGUACAUAGGUUCUGUAGAUUUUAACGAAAAAUAUUGCGAAUACUAUGCAAACACGAAAGAACCAUUAGGAAAUAUAACCUGGUGUGGAACAGAGGCUGUAAUAUGUAGUUGGAACAAUACCGUAAUGGUUAUUGGACGAACAGCUAAAACUAUAAUAUACACUUAUGAUGGUCCAGUACAUCUUAUUACAGAGAUUGAUAGUGUGCGCGUAUUAUCUUCUUCUUCUCAUGAAAUGAUACAAAAAGUACCAAAUGUUGUUCAAAAAAUAUUUCGAAUUAAUUCAACAGACCCUGCAUCUUAUUUAUUAGAAGCAUCUAAACAGUUUCAAAAAAAAAGUCAUAAAGCUGAUAGCUAUAUAGAUUUAGUAAAAGACAAACUGGAUGCAGCAAUAAAAGCUUGCAUUGAUGGAGCUAGUCAUGAAUUUGAUUUUGAAACACAAAAACUCUUAAUGAGGGCUGCUAAAUUUGGAAAAGGAUUUAGCAAGACAGUUAAUCCUGAAUAUUACGUUAAUAUGUGUCGAACUUUAAGAGUUCUAAAUGCAGUAAGACAUCCUGCAAUAGGAAUACCACUAACAUACACACAAUUUACCAUUCUCACAAAUCAAGUAUUAUUAGAUAGACUUGUUGCUAGAAGACAUUAUUAUUUAAGCAUACAAAUUGCACGGCAUCUUCAGUUACCAGAGGUUGAAGGAGAAAGUAGAAUAUUAGCUCAUUGGGCUUGCUAUAAGGUAAAACAAACACAAUUGGACAAGAAGCAAAUAGCGGAAGAAAUCGCUGAUAAACUAGGAUAUGCACCUGGUGUUUCUUAUAGUGAAAUCGCGAAAAAAGCAGCUGAAUGUGGCCGAAAACAGUUAGCAAUUAAAUUAAUAGACUAUGAACCACGUGCCCAUCAACAAGUACCACUUUUAUUAACACUCGGUGAAGAAAGAGCUGCUUUACAUAAAGCUGUUGAAAGUGGAAAUACUGAUUUGGUUUAUACUGUUAUUCUUCAUUUUAGAGAGAAUAUGCCUCUUAGUGAUUUUCAGAUGUCCAUAAUGCAUUGUCCUUUAGCGAUGGCCUUAUACAUUAAAUACUGUCAGAGUCAUAAUCGGGAAACACUACGUGAUAUUUAUAAUCAGUAUGAUGAUUUUCAUUCUCAAGCGAUAUGGUCUAUUACUGAAAGUUAUCAGCGAAAGAAUACAAUGUCAAGAGAAGCAUUGUUACAAUGUGCACUACAUAAUUUCAAAUUAGCUUGUAAUGAUACUAAUGCUGCUUUAACAGAAGAACAAAUAAAAUUGUUACGGUAUCAAAGAUCCAUAGAAGAAUUGUUGCAGAAAUCAAUCAUAGGAAAACCACUUCAUGAUACAGUAAAAAUAUUACUAUUACACAAUGAAUUAAAAUUAGCUGACAAAUUAAGAUCGGAGUAUCGAAUAUCAGAUCGAAGAUAUUGGUGGUUACGAAUACAAUGUUUAUCGGAACAGGAUAUGUGGGAUGAAUUAGAAAAAUUUUCUAAAAGUAGAAAAUCCCCUAUUGGUUACGAGCCUUUUAUAGAUCAGUGUUUAAAAUAUAACAAAGAAAAAGAAGCAAGAAAAUAUUUACCUAAAAUAAGAGAUGAAUUGAAAGUAAAAUACUUAGACAAGUUAAAAAUGAUGAAUGAGAUGGUUCAAACAACAAUAGAACAAAAAGAUACAAAACAACAGAUGGACAAUUGA